UGUUUACGGUGACGUCAGUAAAGUGCGACCAGAUACUUUUGAUGGGUUAGCGACCGUUCGAGAAACGCUGCUUUACUUUAUGAAUGUAUUGAUACAACGCUGAUCAGAAUGAUUCACGAACUUCUGUUAGCGUUAAGUGGAUACCCCGGGUCCAUAUUCACUUGGAACAAAAGGACGGGCUUGCAGGUGUCCCAGGACAUCCCCUUCCUUCACCCCAGUGAGGCAAGUGUCCUGAAUCGCCUCUGCAAACUGGGAUCUGACUACAUCCGAUUCACAGAGUUCAUAGAGCAGCACACUGGACAUGUGCACCAACAGGAGCAUCACAGCAACCCUCCCAGCCAGGCUGGACUCAAUGGGAUUUACCUGCGAGCGUUCUGCACUGGACUUGAUACCAUGCUGCAGCCCUACAGACAGGCCCUGCUGGACCUGGAACAGGAGUUUCUCGGAGACCCACAUCUUACGAUAUCCCAUGUGAAUUAUAUGCUGGAUCAGUUCCAGCUGCUGUUUCCCUCGGUGAUGGUGGUGGUCGAGACAAUCAAAUCACAGAAGAUUCAUGGCUGCCAGAUUUUGGAGACGGUAUACAAGCACAGCUGUGGGGGCCUUCCUCCUGUCCGCAUGGCAUUGGAGAAGAUCCUGGCCGUCUGCCACGGGGUGAUGUACAAGCAGCUGGCGGCGUGGAUGCUGCACGGCCUCCUGCUGGACCAGAGCGAAGAGUUCUACAUCAAGCAGGGGCCCAGUGCGGGCGGGGCCGCAGCCAAUCAGGAGGAGGAGGAGGAGGACCUGGGGAUCGGGGGGUUGAGUGGCAAGCAGCUCCGAGAACUGCAGGAUCUGAGGCUGAUCGAGGAGGAGAACAUGCUGGCUCCGUCGCUGCAGCAGUUCUCCCUGCGCGUGGAGAUGCUACCCUCCUACAUCCCCAUCCGAGUGGCCGAGAAGAUCCUGUUUGUGGGCGAGUCGGUGCAGAUGUUUGAGAACCACAACCACAGCCCGUCCAGAGCAGGCUCCAUACUGAAACACCAGGAGGACCUGUUUGCCGCGGAGCUGCACCGACUCAAACAGCAGCCUCUCUUCAGCCUCGUCGACUUUGAGAAUCUCAUCGACGGAAUCAGGAGUACCGUGGCUGAGCAUCUCUGGACGUUGAUGGUGGAAGAGUCCGACCUACUGGGACAGCUCAAGAUAAUCAAGGACUUCUACCUACUGGGCCGUGGCGAGCUGUACCAAGUGUUUAUCGACCACGCACAGCACAUGCUGAAGACCCCUCCCACGGCCGUCACUGAACACGAUGUAAACGUGGCCUUUCAGCAGGCGGCACACAAGGUUCUACUGGACGAUGACAACCUCCUACCCCUUCUACACCUCACCAUAGAUUACCAAGGCAAAGAGGGCAAAGACCCCACAGGCACCAGAGAGGGGGCCACCCCUCCCCAGGACACCUCCCCCCGGGAGGUGCCUCCCACCGGCUGGGCAGCCCUGGGCCUGGCCUACAAGGUCCAAUGGCCUCUCCACAUCCUCUUCACUCCGGCUGUACUCGAGAAGUACAACGUUAUCUUCCGCUACCUUCUGAGCGUUCGGAGAGUGCAGUCCCAGCUGCAGCACUGCUGGGCCCUGCAGAUGCAGAGGAAGCACCUGAAGUCCAACCAGACGGACGCCGUCAAGUCGCGGCUGCGUAACCACAUGGCCUUCCUGGUCGACAACCUGCAGUACUACCUCCAGGUGGACGUGCUGGAGUCUCAGUUCUCGCAGCUGCUCCAGCAGAUCAACUCCACCAGAGACUUUGAGAGCAUCCGACUGGCCCACGACCACUUCCUCAGCAACCUGCUGGCCCAGUCCUUCAUCCUUCUGAAGCCGGUGUUCCACUGUCUGAACGAGAUCCUGGAGCUGUGUCUGAACUUCUGCUCCCUGAUCAGUCAGAACGUGGCCCCCCUGGACGAGAGGGGCGCGGCCCAGCUGGACAUCCUGGUCAAGGGUUUCAGCCGGCAGUCCUUCCUGCUGUUCAAGAUCCUGUCCAGCGUACGCAACCACCAGAUCAACUCGGACCUGGCCCAGCUGCUGCUGAGGCUGGACUACAACAAGUACUACACCCAGUCAGGGGGCACCCUGGGCAGCUUUUGAACAGGGGACUGAAGAUGGAAAUCCCCCUUCACGUUGUAAAUAUCAGCACUUAACUGAAACCGUUUAACCGUGUUCUGUACAAACUGUAUUUAAACUACCCAAACAAUGGAAGCGUUUUUUUGUAAAAUAAACAAACUAUAAAA